AUGUUAAAAAUUAUUACUCGUCCGAUGAAAUUUUCUAUGAUAUCUCGUAAAUCAAUUUUACCAAUGGUCCAACAUAAUCUAAAGUCAUCCUCUAACACUGUCGCAUCAUCCACUGAAACGAGUGCGAAUAAAUUAACUGUUUGGAAUGUUUAUGGAACUCCUUUAACUAACAUUUUUCUUUGGGGUUCGAUAACCUAUAUGGGUUUACAAGUUUUGUGGUGGAAAUUGGAAUUUGCUGAACUUAUUGAAGAAACGGAUAAUAAGAUUGCAAGUUUAGAGAAAGAAAUAGAGAUAUUAAAAAAAAGUAAAAGUUAUUAG